CAGGCCCCGUACCCAGCAACCACAGACCUGCACCUGUCCACCCAGGAGGAUGAUGUUUUUUUGGGAGGUCAGUGACAUUUCCAAACCAAAUCUCCAGUGUGGCCGUGCCGACCACAGAGAAGUAGCAGGAACUACAAUAAACGGAUUAUUAGGUCGUUUUGAGGAAGGGAAUAUGAGCUUACACAUAAGCCCUUCUUACACACCUGCUGAAUGCUUUACUUUGAGAAAAAUAAUUUCCUCAUUCAUUUUCUUUGGGAAAUCUUUGAGUGAGAGCGAGAAGUCUAAAGUUACAAUAGCAAAACAAAAACAACAGCAAUAGGCUACAGGCCAAUAAACCAAGAAAUGAAACAUAAAUAGCCUAGACCACGCAGCCUCAAAGACAGCACAAAUGUUAUGUAACUAGUGCAGAUUGACACCGCAGCAUAGCAGAAACCACCUUAGGGAAAAAGCUGACAAUAAAAAGUGUUUAGUAUGUAAGCAGAGGUACACAUCUGCACGUUCACUCUCUUUGUCUCUGCAUGGUGUGUCUUUUGAGUUUCCACAGGAUGUGCUACAGGAAAGAUUGAAACCUGGCUUCAAGGUUGUGGGCCAGCCACUGGACUAGAGGAGGCGAGAGCUGACCCUGCUCACUUAACUUUGGUCUUUACUGAAAACAUGUAACAGUUUUGAAGAUGACCUGAGUCUAGGAGCUGAGGGUAAGUGAAGGAAAGUAAACUUAGACAGAGGAAACAAAACAGGAAAGACUGUUAUGGGAAGAGGUGGGACUGUGUGUGACCAGCGCACUUAUUUCUCUGUUUACGUGUGGGAAUUUGACCAGGUUCCAGUAAACAAAAUGUAAUUUUUUUUAAUACAAAAUGAUUCAGAAAUAUGAGUGCUUAAGAGAAUAACCACAUAAAGGAUGCAAUGAUAAAGCAUUUCAACAAUUGUCACUUCAUAUUGCCAGGGCAUGAAGCCAAAGCAGGAGACUGUACAUGGUGGCUACAGCCCUUCUCCCAGCCUAUUUCCAUUGCAGCACACAGUUCUAUUGCAUUCAAAACAAUGGCCUCUUUGUAGCAUCAAAAGCCUACACCUCUUCCUUGAGUGACAUCCUUGUGGAUUUAAAUCAGAUAAAACUUAUCUGUAAAACCAUGUGUCUGAAAAGAUGGAUCCGUUGCCACUGACAGCAUAUGUUUGACAUGAGUAUUAGAAGGGCGGAAUGAAUUGAAAUGGAAAUGCAAAUGAUUGUUAAGCUGGGUGAAGGUGUGUCUCAGACUAGUCUUUCUUUCUGCCUAGCCACUGUGUUGCAUGAUGUGGCCAGACCAUCAGUGGGGUGCCGUCCUGUGCUCCUGCCCCCUCCAAAAUCACGUCAGAAAAAAUUUACCACGAGCACACCGCAGCAGAGGCUUAGUCUUCCACUCUUUAAUAUGGGCCAGAGCAUGGCCUCCAGCUGCCUGUCCUCCACCACCAGUAAAACGGCCUCAAGUAUCUCGGAGGUUCUUCAGAUGUGCACAGAGGAUGCGGAGGAAACGCUGUACCAGCUGGGCUUUGGCUGUGAUGAGCCCCAGGUCACGGCGCGGAUUCCUUCCCGUUUCUUCAACUUCCCCUCCCAACUGCGCGGCAUCAAUUUCCGCCUCUUCUUGGAGUCACAGCUCCGUCGGGUCAGUCAAGAGGACCCAAACCUGUCACUUGCUAGUCGUUUCAGGCAAGUGGAGGUGCUGACAGCGAUGGCCAAUGCCUUUUACUCCCUUUAUUCCCAUGUGUCCAGGACUCCCCUCCAGAAACUCGCGCCCCCCGAAUUCAGCUUUUCCCCUGCGGCUGAAAAGCGGAUCGGGGUGCGCUUCUUCGGCAGUGUCCGCAGCGAGCCUCGCUCACCCGUGGAGAGGCUCAAGGACACCGUUUCGAAAAUGUGCCUCUUUGCUGGCUCUCGUACCUCCGACUCCACAUCACCACACAACUCACCCAGGAAGCGGGGCAGUAUCCCCGAAAUACCGACCCAGUUGAUAAACACAGACACAAAGGCUCCAGGACACUCAGAACUUGAAGGGGGAAACUGUGCAGGGCUUGCAGAAAACAAUAUGGGACAUGUCACUAAAGUAAACCCUAAUAUAGAAAGAGGAGCAGGCAAGGGAUCAGAAAGGAGGACUUCUGAGGAUAUGACUCCUCAAACAGGUCUUGACAGCACUGAGCACUCAAGCACAUUGUUAUCAGGUUCAAGGAAGAUCUCUCAAGACUCGGUUAAUAACUGCAGGGUGAGGCUCACAUUUUCUGAUCCUGGCCAAAACCAGAGUGCUGUUGAUGAUGCAAACAUUCCAGAAAAUUCCAAAAGGCCAGUAACCCUCAACCUCCAGUCGCAUGCCUUGUUUCAGGCUCCCAUGGCCCUUGUGCCUAAGGUGACUCAUGACAUUAUCUGCCCUCCGAUUGUAGAGGAGGUGCACCAAGCACCUUACUGCAGUCCACUGGACUUCAAAACCUCAGUGCCCCAUAAGUGCUUUGGAGGACAGCCAAUUUCAGACAUCUCCAUCACAACUUCACCCUCAGAACUGAAUGAACAGACAGUUCAUUGCAACUUACAAGAAGGUGAACCCACAAAUAUCCCUAAAACCUGUUCUGAACGUCAGUCGGUGGAUGGCGAGCCGUCUGCACCAUCAUCUCAUCCCAGCAGGAGCAGUCGUGUGUCCCCAUGUCAGAUACUGGUGACAGGCUGGGAAGGUGAAGCCAUGCACGGGGACACAGCGGAAGAUCCUCCCUUCAGUGCCGUCUCUGCUCAAUCUCAGACACCGCUCUCAAACCGGAGGUACCUAAGCCCCCUCAAGGGUGCAGAGCAGGCUCGACUCAUCCACGAACCCAAGCACGCCAAUUCCUUUGAACUAGAAGAGGUUCACAGUGCUGGGGAAGAUGAUGUUGGACAAUCCGACCUCGGGACACGCGCCUCCUUAUCCCUCCCGGCUAUUGGUCAGAACAAUAGCUUGCCGAGGGGGGAGAGUUUCCAGUCAGACAGCAGUGGCUAUGCCGAGGAUGACUUGCACCUUCUGCCUUAGGAAUCCUCUCAACCAGAUUGUCGCUGUUUCAUGAUUGGGCCUGUGUGUACUGUAACAACACGUUACUAGCUUUUAAGUGUACUUCAAACCUUGACCUCUGCAGAGAAUUUACAUGUAAGCGUAAUUUAUUUGUAAAGUAUACAAAUUAGGCCACAAUGGGCAUUGUUUAUGCACUGUUUAUCAAGCAGAGGACUAGGAUACUGUAAUAUUUGCAUUGCCAUUGUCUUGACCUUUACAAGUAGAAGAGGAUCAGGAUGAUGAAUUUUUUGAUUGCUUAAACACAAAAAUGUGAAGAAACCCAGCUUGUGAAUUUUUAAACUCAAACCACUACACAGUUGUUUGUGAAACAUUAAACACACGUCCCUACUUUAGAUACAGAAAUCUAACAAAAUGCCACUUCUUUGCCAUUUCAAGAUACUGCCUUUCAGACCUAAGCACCGUCUUAAACAGAAAUGGAAAGUAGCCAACAUUGCAGUGAGAGGAAGAAUUGGGAUGACAGGGGGCGCCCAUAGCAGUAGAUGGGUAGGGAGUAAUCUGAGUACCCAGAAGCCCAUAGCAGUAUGGGUAGUUAGUAAUCUGGGUACCCAGAAGCUCGCAUGCUGAACCAACAGGUAGGGAGAGGAAAAUGAUUGUGGAGGUAGACCUGCUGGAAGCACUUUCACUGUAGUACGUUCUCUUUAGAAUGUUCUGCUACGGUUUCAUUUGGCAAAGCAUCUGCAGCAUUCUGAUACUCUUGUCUAGGGUUGUGUUAAUGGUGUGUAGUGUUUUGAAACAAGUGGGCCUGGUUUUCAAAAUUGUGCUGAAACAAUCAAAACAAAAACCUGAAGACUUGCAAAGAGGCUGCUUUGUUUUCGCAUGGCCUUACAGUGUUGCGUAUGUGUAUGGCCGCUACUCUAUGGCCCAUACACGUGGCACGGGUGUAGUUACCUGCGGCAUCAUUUGAGAGAGUUCCAGUGUGCUGGUUUCCUGGCUAAGCUCUCAUUAACAAAUACAGGGUCCAUGGAAACCUGCAUGUUGCACUAAAUUAUGUGUAUAUAGUUUUCCAUUUGAGUGUGUGAUAUGUUUAAUAACGCAAUGGCUAGCCACAGUCCUGUGCUUGUGACGAUACUGUAGUGCACGCUAUCUGAACUCGAGAAACAGGGACAGUGACACUGCAGAUCCUUUGUGAUGUGAGCUGAGCCAGCUGAAUGCAUUCCCUCGACUGCAAAUUACCGUCAUCUUUCCUGCCUUUCAAAAAUGCUACUGAAAGUCCUUUGUGUUGUGUAUGUGUUGAUUUAAAAAUAAAUUGCAUUAAUUUAUAUUACAGAGAACUUACUUGCAUCAAGCACACAUUAAAUCAAGAGAAGUGUAUUUAAAAGACUUUAUUAAAUUUAUUUUUUGAAAAUGUUGUAAAGCAGACAGGUGUUAGACUGCUAUAAUGUAUUACAGUAAAUAAAAUCCAACAAAACAUUA